CUGACUUUUGAGGAUGUGGCCGUUUAUUUCUCCGAGCAAGAAUGGCGGGAUCUAGAGCCAUGGCAGAAGGAGCUUUACAAGCAAGUAAUGAGAACCAAUUAUGAGAUUCUUGUUUCUCUAGAUGAUGGACUUCCCAAACCAGAACUAAUAUCCUGGCUUGAACAGGGGAGAGAACUCUUCAGGAACUGGGGAGAAUCACAGAAAUCAGGAAACAUAAUUUGUACCUCUGCUGAUUUGCAUUUGGAUCCAGUUAUUGAGGGACAACUGCUUGGGGGAAGCCAGCAAGCUGUGAAACCAGGAGAAGCCCACUGCCAUUUCCAAGUAGAUCCUCUUCAGAGCCAGCGUUCCUCAGAACCCUUAUUAGGAAAAAGUGAAAAUGUUUCCUUCAGGCCUGACCAAGUCGUCGCCCUCCUGAAGCCACAAAGACAUGAUACUCGGGCUCUAGUUCCAGUAGUCCACAGCUCCAGGGAACCCACCCAAAGAGACACAAUCGUAAGUCCCAGGACCCUCGGUCCCCCAGGCUUCCAGGAAACCUCUGGGGAGGGCCUCCAGCACCCUUGCCCCGUCUGUGGGGAAGGCUUUUGGAAGAAGCUCUCAGAGCAGCACCAGGGGAGCCAGAAGGACCCGUCACACAGGGCCUGGAAUCAAUUCCGCAAACAAACCGAGGCACAACAGCCGCUGACCAUCCCUCAGGGCCAGAGGCACUUCCGCUGUCCAGAAUGUGGGCGGGGCUUCCGCCGGAAGUCGUGUUUGCUUAGACCCCUGGCAAUCCACCCCGAGGAGAGCCAGCUGCUGGGCAGCGAGUGUGAAGUGUACGCCCACCACCUGCGCGCGGGGCAGAGGCCUUCCCAGUGCCCCGGCUGCGACGGCAGAGGCCCCCGGGGCCCUCCCGGUGCGGCGAGGCCAGGCUCCCAGAGAGAGGGUGCCGGGGCCGCCUCCGAGCAGGCUGAGCUCCCGCGCUUGGGAGAGAAGCCGGGCCUGAGCCCGGCUGGCGAGGAAUGCCCGGAGGCUCUUGAGCCCGGCCCCGGCGCGGAGAGGCCGGCCUCCUGCGGCCCGUGCGGCCAGCGCUCCUCCCCGCAGUGCGGGCUUCCAGACCACACCCACGGUCACAGCGCAGAGCGGCCUUUCCGGUGCGCCGAGUGCGGCCGGGCCUCCCGCCAGCACGGGCGGCUNNNGCUCCACCGGCGGCUGCACUCAGACGAGCAGCCUUUCGCGUGCCCGGAGUGCGGCCUGGGCUUCCGGCUGAGGAGGCACGGCGGCGAGAGGCCGCUCUCCUGCGGCGAGUGCGGCCGCGGCUUCGCCCACCCGUGCAAGCUGCGCGAGCACCUGCGGGUGCACAGCGGAGAGCGGCCCUUCGGCUGCCCUGAGUGCGGCAAGAGCUUCCGCUUGAAGGGCAUCCUGAAGGCGCACGAGCGCACGCACAGCCGCGAGCGGCCCUUCCAGUGCGCGGAGUGCGGCAAGGGCUUCACACGGCCGUCCAAGCUGGCCGAGCACUUCCGCGUGCACAGCGGCGAGCGGCCCUUCGGCUGCCCCGACUGCGGCCGCUGCUUCCGUCUCAAGGGGCAGCUGCGGAGCCACCAGCGCCUGCACACGGGCGAGAGGCCGUUCCCGUGCCCCGACUGCGGCAAGAGCUACCGCGUGAAGGCCGACAUGAAGGCGCACCGGCUGCUGCACGGCGGCCGGAUGCCCUUCUCCUGCGAGUGUGGCAAAGGCUUCGCCAAGCAGUCCAAGCUUGUGGAGCACAUCAGGACGCACACAGGCGAGAAGCCCUUUCAGUGUCCCCAGUGCGACAAGAGCUUCCGCUUGAAGGCACAGCUGCUCAGCCACCAGGGCCUGCACACCGGUGAGAGGCCCUUCCGCUGCCCCGAGUGCGAUAAAAACUUCCGGGAAAGGGGCCACAUGCUUCGGCACCAGCGCAUCCACAGGCCCGACAGGCCGUUCGCCUGUGCAGACUGCGGCAAGGGCUUCAUUUAUAAGUCGAAACUCGCCGAACAUAUCAGAGUGCACACGAAGUCCUGUCGUGCCCCCAGUGAGCCUGACAAGCAAAGGCUCAGCCAACUGUUUGCGAUGAUUGAGGCUGACUGGAGUUGA